AUGGAGGGGUUACUCCCCGACGAGGUCAUUCUCGAGAUCAUCGCGCGGGUCUCGGACGCGCGCGCUCGCAACUGCUGCGCGCUCGUCUCGCGGCGAUGGCGCAUGAGCGAGCGCCUCACGCGCACCUCCCUCUCCGUCCGCCGCUCCCUCGCGGACCUUCUGAUGCUUCCGCGAUGCUUCCCCAACGUGCGCCGACUUGAUCUGUCCCUCUGCCCCCCCUGUGGGCAGCCGCUGCUCCUCGCGGGGCCCGCGCUGGAGGUAGCUACGACGCUCCGCGCGGCCUUUCCGCGGGUGACCUCCCUCCGCGUGCACGUGCGGGACCGGAACGACGUCCAGUGCGUGGCGGCCACAUGGCCGGGGUUGGAGCACGUGGCUUUGAUCCGCUGGCACGAGUUUUCCGCCGCGGAAGCAGCAGCGGCCGCAGGAGCAGCAGCAGCAGCAGGGCUAGGAGCAAACACUAACAACAACACCACUGACAACCCUAAUUCGAAUGCAAACCCGCUGGGAACCCUAGAGCUGACCCCGCUGCUGGUGUUGUGCAGCCGAGUACAGAGCAUAGACCUAUCCGAGUUCACGUGCUUCCCAGACCAUGUUACUGAUGCCUUCACUGCUGCUCCCCAAGCCGUCGCUGCCAUUGCUGCUGCUGCUGCUGCUGCUGCUGCCGCCACCGCCGCCGCCACUGCCACUGCCGCUGCUGCUUCGGCCAGUGGAGCAGCAGCAGCAGCGGAACCCCCGUACAAGCCCCCCGGCGCGCCUCUCCCCUGCCCCUCCGCGCCCAUCUCCGCUCUCCGCCACCUGAACCUCCUCAAGUCCUCCCCCGGCGCCUUUAAAGCCUCAGACGUCCGCUCAAUCCUCGCUGCCGCUGGCCGCACCCUCCUCUCCUUCCGCUGCCUCGUCGAAUUCGACCCGCGCCUCUCCGAUUCCCUCUCAGACGAAACCCUAAUUGAGAUCGCCGAGCGGUGCCCGGUGCUCACUGCGCUACAGCUGGUGGAUUCCUCGCUCUGGGCGGCGCCCUCGGGAUUGUCGCUGGCGCUGGGGGAUCAUGAUGACGCGCUGCCGCCCGAUAUGGACGCACGGGUCACGCCGGGCGGCAUUCGGUCGUUUCUAGUGCGGUUGCCGGGGCUGGAGGAGCUGGAUUUGCGGCCGGCACAGUAUCUGAGAGGGGCAGAUGUGAGUCUGUUCGGUGGUGCUGCUGGUGCCUUUGCUGGUGGUACCACUGCCGGUGGUGGAGGAGGUGGAGGGAGGGGUGGGGUGACAGCAACGGUGAGUCUGGGCCGGCUGAGUCCGAACCUGAAGCGCCUGCGGCUGGGUCAGCUGGUUUUCGCCCACAAUGACUCGCUGGCGCCAGUGCCUGCAUCAGGGGAAGGUACAUCCGGGGAAGGUACAUCUGCACAGGGAUCAUUUGGGAAAACACCCUCCUCCUCGUCUGCAUCAUCCUCAUCAGCAGCACAAGGAACCACCACCCCUUUCUCCACAUCCACCAUCCUCCCUGGGGGCCUUGAAGCUCUCGACUUCUGGCAAGCCCCUUCACUUCCCCUGCGCUGCCUGCUCCCCCUCGCUCUCUCCUGCCCGCGCCUCAAGGAACUCAGCAUCUGGGGCUGCCCGGACCUCACCCCGCCGAGCCUGGAGGCCGUGGCUCGGGUGUGCCGGCACUCGCUGGUUCGGGUGACUGUAGUGAAGUGCUGCAACCUGCCCACAGCAGCGGUGCUCAGGGCUCUCUCCCCCGUUAGAAGCACACUGCAGCACCUGCACUGCUCCUGUGACUGGUUCUGCCCGAACAGCAGCGUAGCCCCUGUUUCCCCGGUUCAAAGCGGUCCAGAUGGAAAUGGUGACGGUGCUGAUGGUACUGGUGCCGAUGCUACUGGUGGUGCUGCUGGUGAAGGGGCAGGAGAGGGAAUGGUGAAGCAGGCGGGGGGGAUGCGGCGUAUGGAAGGCAGGGCAGGAGCAGACGGCACAGAAGAGCUUCUGUACGGCUCAGAAGCAGCACAAGACCUUUCCACCGCACCGGACUCCUCCGAAUGGCCUGCGCUGCAGUCCCUCACUCUCCUCGCUCCCUUGGGUACCCUCCUUUUUCAACUCCCCUCUGUCGGCCUCCUCCACUGCCCCCUCCUCUCCCACGUCCACAUCCGAGUGUACGGCGACUGUCGACUCGCAGCCGGCGGCCCUGGGGCAGCGGGCUUCGGCCUUUCCUGUCUGGCCGGCUACCUGGCGCUGCGGUUUUUGCGGCUCGAUUUGACGCAAGUGGUGGGGCAUUCCCUGAGCUGCCCACCUGGGCUAGCAUUUGAUGUGAUGGCCUGGGAAAGGUUCUACCUGCAUGGAAUCCAGCUUCUGCCAGGGCUAGAAUCGCUGCACUACUGGCCGCCGUCGGACUGCGAUCUCAACCGUCGAUCCAUGUCGAUGCCGUCUGCUGGGAUCCUCGGGUCGUGCCAGUCGCUGCGCCAGCUGGCGGUGCAUUGCACGACGGCCAAUGAGCAUCUGCUGAAUGUGGUGGUGCGCGGGGCUAGAGGCAUGCGGGAUUUGCACGUGCUGGGGGACUGCUAUCCCGCUCCUCCCGAUGACACCUAUGCAGCAUCUGAUCGCCCAUCUCGACCUGUGGCCAAUCGCCCCGCACAUGUCAGUGAAAGCCAACCCGGGCUUGUCAGAACGCCUGAGCCAGUCCCACUGCUCAUUAAGCAUGUGAUCGUCCGUCUUUCUUGA